CGCAGGGGAGGGGAGGCGGCCCGGGCGGCCCUGGUUCCUGGUUUCUCUGGCUUACUCAUUGCUGGGAGGUGGGGGAGGGCGCACCUCGUGGCGGAGGAGGCUGCAGCGCCUGCCCGCCUCACUUCGCCGAGCACCAGUUAAGGAACAAAGGGAGAAGAGCUGCGGAGUGGGCGCCCCGCUCAAGUUACUUCUGCUCCGCCAGAGACCGAGGAAAGUGUCGGUUCCACGCCCGGGACGCUGCUUCAAGAACAACUGCGGAGCGGUGCUUUUUCCUCCCUCUCCCUCCCCGAGCGUCCUCCUUCCUGAGUCCCAAAUAAAAAAGCGAGGAACCUCCGAGUGCUGACAGAAGGCGCUUUCAGGGGCCAAGAUGAAAACGAAAAAAGGUGCUCUUGUUGCAGUCUCAGGCAGUGAAACAGACGAUGACGACAACAUGGAUAUCCCCCUGGAUCUUUCUUCUUCUGCCAGCUCUGUUAAGAGGAGGAGAAGGGGUAAUCUUCCCAAGGAAUCAGUUCAGAUUCUGCGGGACUGGCUUUAUGAGCACCGCUACAAUGCCUAUCCUUCAGAACAAGAAAAAGCACUACUGUCUCGACAGACACACCUUUCUACACUACAGGUCUGCAACUGGUUUAUCAAUGCACGGCGCAGACUUUUACCCGACAUGCUGAGGAAAGAUGGGAAGGACCCAAAUCAAUUCACAAUCUCAAGAAGAGGGACCAAGAUGACUGAUGGCAGCCCCGUGGAAUUCUCCAUUGGCACAAAAAACUGCAUUCCACUGAUUGAGAGCUCCUAUCUCUCCGGUAGCCCAGAACUAAACAAGACUUGUAAAUCAUCUGCAGCAUCUGUUUUAGCUCGACCAUCAGUAAUAUGCCACACCACAGUAACUGCACUGAAGGAUACUCCUUUCCGUUUUGGUCAGCCAGCUGGUACAGGUCAGACCCCAGAUGACCUUCAACGGGCCUUACCUCCCAACUUCACAGACAACUCUCUUAUAUACCACGAGGAUGUGUCUAAACUGGAAACUAAUACAAAUGCCCAGAGUGGGCUUUUCAACACUCCCCCUCCUACUCCUCCAGACCUCAAUCAGGAUUUUAGUGGAUUUCAGCUUCUUGUGGAUGUUGCUCUAAAACAGGCUGCAGAGAUGGAAUUGCAGGCAAAACUUAUGGCAUAAAUCCGCCCCUACUUUUAUUUUUCUUCUCCCCUGGCAGGGAUGUAAUAGAAAUAUGUGGCAAUUGUCUACAUGAUAUCAAAGACUAACUGCAUUUUUUAAAAAUAAUCUUAUUUGCACAAGGGAUUGCUGAGAUGAAGCUUCCUGAAAUGGUCUUCAGUGGAAUACGGUCAUUCCUAGAAUUAUAAACGUAAAGCUACUGUAGAAACAAAGGGUUUUCUUUUUCUUUUUUAUAAUGUUUCUUAGUAGGUUUUUCAUAAUGUGAGAUGGUUCCCAAGAUCAUGUGAUUUUUUUUGUUUGUUUCUUUCAGACUGUGCAAUAUUUAGUAACAAUAUUAGUCUUCAUAUCAUUCCCAUGUGGAACAAAAUAAACCAACAGGCUGUCUUAAAACAAAUUUCAGAUUUAAAAAAUACAAGUUUGAAUUUGAAUGAUUAUACUUUUUUCAUGAUGUAAUAAAAUAUUUUCCUUAA